GUCGUCGUCUAGUCAGUCAGUCUUCUGUCUUCUUUCACGUAGUCGAGUCGUUAAGGAAUGGUUUUUGAUGUUGAAAUGCUUGAUUGUUUGCAGUGCUCUGCUCUAGUGCAAAUGCCAUUUAUUAGUGUCGUUUCUCGUGUUUCUUGAGAACAGUAAGUUUUGUUGAUCAACUUGAAUUUUCGUUUUGGUAUUUAAAUGGGUGCAUUUUAAAUACAGACUUUUGUUGUUUCGUGUAACACGUGUAACGUAUGAAAUUGUUCGUUGUUCGCAUCUUGUGGAUAUUUUUCGUCAACAAUUUGUCACUGUUGAGGUUUGAAUCGAGGUUUGAGCUGAUUCAAGAACCAGAAAUGGCUGAAAAAACUUCAACCACGUAUGAUAUUUUGCAUUCGACUCCAGUUUCAUUGAAGGAACUAUCAGUGAUCGCUGUUGCCCUGGAACUGUGGCGUUCUGAAAUUAAUGAAUACCGCAAAAGCCAAACAUUAGAGAGAUUUCGUGCUUCAGACAAUAUAGCCUCAUUGAGAACUAAACUGCCUAAAUUACCAUCCCUGAUUUACGAUGUGAUCGUUAAAUAUGUCACCAAACUUGGGAAUUCAAUAGUUGAUUGGCUUGAGGAACAUUUUAGAACAGUAUCCAAUUUUGAUGGACGUUAUCAAAGUUGUGUUUUGGAAUACUUCGAUGAUUUCGUUUGCGAUUACGACGGAACUAUCAAUUUGGUAAAGACAGCCGAACGUAUGAUGCAUUGUGAUAGUUUAGAUGACGUUUUGAAAUUCAUCAUAGCUUGUCGAUAUUUUUUGGAAGAUCACGUAAAACGAAUAUGGCCAUCAGUACGAGAAAAGGUAGAUUUGGCAAGUAUUGAUUUCAAUAGGAAUUCGCUGUUGUACUUCUGGAUUUGUUACCUUAGUAAUCAGUUGAAUGAGAUACCAACUGGCGGAUAUGACACGGUUGACGAAAAGAUGCUUGAAAUAUGUAUCCACACGUAUCAUAACCCAUUAGCAAUAAAUUAUUUUUGGAAUCGUGUACCAUACGAAAGCCAAAAGCGAAUAGUUAGCGAUAGGUUUCCAUUUGAUAACAUGGAAUGUUUCGCGAGAUUCAUUUUACCUAGACUGGACCUGGAUGAUCAAGAACUGGGUCAAUUCGUCGAAAACAACGGUCAACAUUUGAUGGAAGAUCUGCUGGAUCAUCCUUCUCAUGAUGAAAGGCUCAUCGUUCGAACUUGGAUGUGUAUAAAAAGUAGAAUAAGUGAUGUUACUUUCUGCAAUCUUAUUGUUAACAUGUUGGAAAUGAGAACUGUCCCUGGAUGCUAUUUGUACAUUGGUCAUCGAGAACUUGAGCAUUGGUUGCAUGUGUGUUGCAUAAUAUGGGAUAGUGCGUCGCAUCAUUUGAAGAGAUCAGCGAUUAAAUUUAUUUCGUCCGAUUUAGAAUCAAUCGUGUGCCAAGAAGAUGAUAUUAUUCGUGCUGGCUCUACCGAGUUCCUUGUGUAUAUUUUUUCACAUUUUACUUGGGAAGAAAAACAGUCGUUUUGGCGUAACUGCUGGAAGAAUUUGAUUGCAAACAUAAGUUCGCACGAUUUGCAACGAAUAAUGGAAGUAUGUUUCCAACACGAAGAUGACAUAAUCAAGUUCAAGGAAAACGUUAUCGCUGAAAGUGAAAAUUUGCAGCUCCGUUGUAUCUCAUUAUUGUCUCGUGCAAAUUUCCACGAAUUAGAUGCUUUGGUCAAUUUCAGUUAUCCUCAUAGUGCAGAAAGUGCAAAACAUUUCAAACGGCGCUUAUUGCAGUCGAGUUUUAUUGGCGAGAGCUCUGAUUUUUACUAUGCACAUGUUGUUCAUUGCGAAGAACUCGAUACGUUUAUUAAUAAAGCUUUUGAUAGCAUCGAUCUGGCGAACGAUUUUAAACAUCAACUGGUGUCAUCUCCUAAUAAUCUGGAAGCUAUGUUGGAGUGUGUUCGAAUGCCAGAAUUUUCCUACGAAGCAUUGAGGAAGUUUAUUGAAACAUUUGUUUCAACAGAACAAAUUUUACAACAGAUAAAAUCCUCCAUCAUUGAUCGUUUGAAGGAGGCUGCUAUUUUUCGUAGCAUUUUCAUUGGACAUGCUAAUUCUAUACCUUCGUUUGACCAGUUUUUGCUUUGGUGCCUUGGAAGUAAUGAGUUAGUUAUGGAAUUCCAGCAAACUUAUAUUACACCUUGCCUCGAAGACUUAUAGUUGAUUAUAAUUUUCUUUUUCAGUUAUUUAGUUUAGCCAACUUCUUUUCUUUAUCGUUGUAUAUAAAGUAUCAUAUUUUAUAAGUUGAAGUUUAUUGAAGUAUUCAUCUCGAAAUAAAAUUUUUCAAAAGCUCUCGCUUCGCGUGGCCCAAUUUGUGUCUCAUUUUAAAAUGAACAAAGUUCACAUUUGGGGCCUCAAAAAUCCAAAAAGAAAAAGAAAAAUUUUCAUUCAUUUUAAAAUGAACGAAGUUCACAUUUGAGGCCUCAAAAAUCCAAAAAGAAAAAGAAAAAUUUUCAUAAGUCAUAAGAAUAUUGUAUUUGUAUUAGUUGGCAAAAUUGAUCUUCUACCACAUCAAUUCUACUUGAGAAAUAGGGCGUAACAUGAUAUCUGCACCGGGCCCCCAUCGGCUCUGCUAUGUUUUUGUCAUUUUCAUACUGUAAUAAAUAAAGGUGUAUAAUUGCUCUUAUUGUACUUAUUCUUAAUACUGCCAGUCAAAAUUAUUCUCAAUU